UGAUAUAUAAAUAAACGACCAAGUCAGUGGCUGAAACUGCCUAGCCGUCAUAAACGUGAACGGACUAGCUAACUAGUUAGCGUCGCGGUUCGCCAACCUCCUGCGUUGUCCACAAGACAUCAUCCCGCAAGCAAGUGCUUCUUGUUUAUUACCCUGCUACACUCUGCAAAACCCAGCAGGCCAAUAGGCUAUGUUCUGAAUACAGAAGAUACCUUUUAUUAUCAUCAUUCUACACUCAAGCCUGGCGAGCCUGUCCGGACUGCCCCGAAAAACAUGUCGCCAAAUCUCCCUUUCCGCGACAUCAACCUCUACGCCUCGCCGCAUUGCUAUGCCUUUAGAUCGGCCUCUGCUUCCACCGCUCAUAGCUUGGUCAUAGACCGACCGACAGGCGACUUGCGACUUGAGAAGGCCUCCACUCAUCAGGCGAAACGAGUCUCUAGCAUUGCUGGAAUAUUGGGUAUUGUCAAAUUGAAGCUUGGUACGACCGCCGCCUGCUCCCCUCUUUGAUAUCUGGUCUACGUAGGGGGAAUGAAACUAAAUAUUGUAGAUAAAUAUGUCAUUGUCAUUACGAAAGAACAGCCGAUGGGGAGACUGAGGGGACAUAUGGUAUAUAAGGUCGUUGCGACUGAAUUCCUACCUCUCCGUGAGACUCCUCUCCACGAUCCGGACGAAGAUGCCUACCUCGCACUCCUAAAGAAACUACUGGCCACGGGGCCGAUGUGUUAUUCCUACUCGCUUGAUAUCACCAAUAGUUUCCAGCGCCAGUCCCAGAGUGACCUUUCACUGCCUCUUUGGAAACGAGCGGACGACCGAUUUUUUUGGAACCGUUUCAUACAGACGGACCUGAUAGAUUUUAGCACCGGGCUAUCCGAAAAUACAGGGAUCAGGAGUGGACAGUCGUCAGAUGUUGACCCGUAUAUAUUGCCAGUCAUGUUUGGCAUGCUGCGUAUAACUACUGCCAAAAUCAAAUCUACCCCAUUUACCUUUGCUCUUAUAACCCGCCGUUCGAGGUUCAGAGCAGGCACCCGAUAUUUUUCCCGUGGAAUUGAUGAACAUGGAAAUGUCUCAAAUUAUAACGAGACAGAACAGAUCGCUAUUUUGAACGAUUCAAAUGGAGCAGUCUCUGGGUUUGCAGGAGGGGUUGGUAUAGGAGACAGCAAAAUAGGAGAGAAGAGCCACAAGGAGCUGCAGGUCCUAUCAUUUGUUCAGACCCGUGGAAGUAUUCCAGUCUACUGGGCUGAAGUGAACAAUUUGCAUUAUACUCCAAAACUUGCCGUGCGUGGUGUGGACGCCGCAUCUUCAGCAGCUCGAAAACACUUCUCGGACCAAAUCAAGAUCUACGGAGAGAACUUCCUCGUCAAUCUGGUCAAUCAAAAGGGUCGCGAAGAGCAGAUGAAAAGGGCCUAUGAGCAGAUGAUGAGGUUACUCUUAUCUUCGCCAACCGAAGCAAAGGAAUCCGAUAUGCUCUCUCCUGAAAAAAUGCAUACCUUAGAAUCUUCCAGUAAAGAGCAACUGAUGGACCGACUCCAUUACAUAUACUUUGAUUUCCACAAUGAAACCAAAGGUCUGCAGUGGCACAGAGCGGAACUUCUUUUGAACCAACUGAAUGAGGGCCUCCAGCGCGGCCAGUACUUCAGUGGCAUUGAGUCGUUAGGUAACCCAUCGGGUACUCUGGAAGCGAGAAGAAUGCAAUCCUCAGUCGUUCGAACAAAUUGUAUGGAUUGUCUGGACCGAACGAACGUUGUUCAGAGCAUGCUUGGCCGAUAUACCUUGACCCGCCAAUUUAUCGAUUGCGGUAUCUUGAUGCCAGGAGAGAAGACUGAUGAUGAUUUGGUCUUCCGAGACCUCUUCCGAAAUAUGUGGGCUGACAACGCAGAUGUUGUCUCAAAGUCGUACUCUGGGACCGGCGCUCUGAAGACCGACUUCACUCGAACCGGUGAGCGAACGAAGGCCGGUGCUCUUCAGGAUGGCAACAACUCCAUCACCAGGUAUAUCUUGAAUAAUUUUAUGGAUGGACCGAGACAAGACGCCUUUGAUCUCUUCCAUGGCACCUACCUCCCCUCCAGCACUGCAUCAUAUGUGUUUGCCGACCGAAGACCCCUAGUUAUCCAAUCCAUCCCAUACAUCUUAGGAGCAGCAAUAUUCAUGAUAUUGGUAGCUACAUUCACUCGCCAGCUGCCAGACUCUACCGGAUGGCCCUUGAGGAUCUUCCUUAUCUUUUGGAUAGUAGUUGCUGCCUGGUGUCUAAAUUUCAUACAUUCUCACGGCAUGUUAUAUGUCAACUGGCCAAAACUCAACACCCCUGCAACAGGAGCAGAAGGAUAUGCAGAAGCCCUUCGUCGGGCGAGCAAGGAUAAGCUCAUUGGUGACUUUAUACCGACUACGGGACGCCAGCGAGGAGUGAGUAACGCACGGCUCGGCUUUAUGGAAGAAGGCAAAAAGAGGAUAGAGUAGAUGGACAUUUAUAGACCGGGUUUUCUGUCUUCCCUUUCUUUUGUAUCAAUUUUGUGUAUAGACGCGGCUCCUUUUGCAUUUCCUCUUUUUCCUUCCCUGCUGCGGCCCAUUCGAGUUUAUAGUAACAAUAUGUUUAAUACAAGUUAUCAUGCUGCCUU